ACAGUCGUGCCACGCAAGUUCCUCCACCCCUUUCUUCUGCUUUACGGACACCAGCAGCUCGCAAAAGGACUAUGACAAGACCCAAGCAGAAAAGACUGAAGCGAGGCUCUUUCAAGAACCGUAAUAAGGACAAUGAUCAGAAACUUAACAAAGACCCAGGUGUGCCGAAUGUCCAACGUUUUAAGGAGCAUGUCCAGCGGGAUGCAGAACGACGAAAGAAAAGGCUGGAGGAGCUUCAGGCAAAACAGAAAGUUUCUCGAGAGAAGGAGCUAAUGAAACGUCGUAGCCUUGAAAGUUUUCAAAAGGACAUUCAAAGACGGCAAAAGGAAUUUGAACAGAAGGAGUGUGAGCUUCAAAGCUUACAGAAAAAUGUAAACUUUGAAAAUGAAAACUCACGAAAAGCCUAUUACAGAGAAUUUAAGAAGGUGAUUGAGGCAGCUGAUGUAAUCUUAGAGGUGUUAGAUGCCCGAGAUCCACUUGGUUGUCGCUGUCCUCAAGUGGAGCAAGCAGUACUGCAGAGCGGAACAAAUAAGAAGAUUGUUCUUGUGCUAAACAAGAUUGAUCUGGUGUCUAAGGAUAUUGUGGAGAAGUGGCUUAAAUAUCUCCGAAAUGAGUUCCCUACAGUAGCUUUUAAAGCAUCCACACAGCAACAGAGCAGAAACUUGCAACAAAGUAAUGUUCCAGUGACUCAAGCCAGCUCAGACCUUUUAAGCAGCAGUGCUUGCAUUGGAGCAAACUGCCUCAUGAAAUUACUUGGCAACUACUGCCGAAAUCAAGAUUUAAAGACUGCUAUAACUGUUGGUGUGGUUGGAUUUCCUAAUGUGGGAAAGAGCAGUCUGAUAAACAGCCUGAAGAGGGCACGCGCAUGUAAUGUUGGAGCCACGCCUGGUGUUACAAAGUGUCUGCAGCAGGUUAACCUUGACAAGCAUAUAAAAUUGCUGGACUGCCCCGGCAUUGUUAUGGCAACUUCCACCACAGAUGCUGCUAUGAUUUUACGGAACUGUGUUAAGAUUGAGCAACUUUUGGACCCAGUACCUGCAGUAGAAGCCAUCUUAAAACGAUGCAACCACCAGCAGAUUAUGCAGCAUUACUGUGUACCAGAUUUCAGCACUACAUUAGAGUUCCUGGCAUUACUUGCUCGUCGACAGGGCAAGCUUAAAAAGGGUGGUCUUCCAGAUCAAGAUAAAGCAGCCAAAAGUGUACUAAUGGACUGGACUAGUGGGAAGAUCAAUUACUUUACUCAUCCUCCAGAGACUCAUAGCCUGCCCACACAUGUUAGUGCAGAAAUAGUUGCAGAAAUGGGUAAGGCAUUUGAUCUUGAUGAGCUGGAGAAGAGUAACCUUGAUGCACUUGCAGAGAUUCCCUCUGCACCUAUGCCGGGUGGAUUCUGCAUGACAUCUUCCGGUCUGACAAGUGGAGGGAUAAGAGAUGAAUCCACUGAACAAGAGAUGGAUGAUGAGCAUCUAGAUAGCAAUAAUUCAGCUGAGGAGCAAUCUGACCUUGAGACUAUGGAUGAAGACAAAGAUCUGGAAUUUGGCCCGAUGACUGUUGAGAUUAAGGAGGGCAAGUCUAAAGUUCAAGAUGCUGAUAAAACCAAUGAGAGGAUACCUGGUUUAAUGGAUAUCCUGGCUAUUGACCCACUGCACCAGGGACAGGCACUGCGGGCAGCCAAUAAAAAAAGAAAAAAGCAACAGAAAAGAGCAGAUAAAAUUGCAACAAAGCUGUCAGAUACCCUGACCUCUGCUAUGAAUUUUGGAUUUUUUGGUGACUAAACGACACUCCACAGCAUUUUAUGGACAUUCAGAAAUUUGUACAUUUAUCGAAACAACAACCGAAGAUAAGCAGAUGGAUUGAGGAUUUACAGCAUAGUCCUAAAGAAGAUGUCGCCAGAACUUGGUUUGAUGUGCAUAAUGAAAUAAGCAAUGUAAUGACUGUUUAAACGGAUACUCUGUUAAAUAAAUAAAGCCAUUAUUGUUUUUCAAGUUAA